CUAAUUCCCUCCUGGAUAUCGUCCUAGAAAAGCCGCGGUUAAGGUCUCCCUCCAGUUUCAGUAGGAGCGUUUUUGUAUCUCUCUAGCUUCCUUUAUAAUUUACUCUUAUAACGAAGCACCUGUUGUAGCGUUAAUCUCAAACCCUGCAGCUGGGGGCUGGAGAAUUACAGCUAUUUCCAGGCUACAGAGAUCAGUUCCCUGGGAUAAACUGCCGCUUUGGAGGCUAUUAGCUAUGAUGCUCCAUGAUCAGAAGCAAUACACCACUGAGUACCAGAGGCUAGUAGGAUUACCAAUCUCCAGCGGGGACCUGGAGUUCUGGAAUUACAUCUCCAGACUACAGUGUUCCGUUGCCAUGGAGGAAAUGGCAAUUUUGGAGUCUGAGAAAGCAUGAAAACAUCUUGGCAUCAAGUAGAUGAAUCCCACCCUCUGAUACCAGGAUAUACAGGCUACAUUCCUCUUAAGUUCUACCGGAUUGGAACAAGUUUUGGAAAUGAUUCCGUGUCAUGUGUGAAUGCUUUUCGUGAUAUGACUGAGAAAAAGAAUGAUCAAAAGGAUGAACUGAGGACCAUAGCAGCUACUACCCCACAGCUUCCACCCAUUUGCUCCAAUGAAGAAAUAAUAGGAGUACUUGAUGAUUAUAAUUAUAAGCUUCACCCUUACGUGCUAGGGCCUGUGGAAACAAAAAGACAUCUACUUGAGCCACCUAUUCCCGGCUGGACUGGAUUUGUGCCCAGGUCCAAGGUCACAGAGUUUGGUCAUGGAGUGCGCUACCAUGUAAUGGCAGAAAACUGCUAUCAGGAUUUUAAGGACAUGUUAGAUAGAGUCCAUGCUGGUCCUGCUAGCAAGGAAUCCAAGGGAGAAUCUCAUGUUUCUAAAAUCUGCAGACACUCACCCCAAUACCAGAGAUGCUACAGGCCUGAGGGGAUGUUGCCUAAGUACACGGGUCAUAUUCCACAUGAACGUUCUGGCAUUGGAAAGACCUUUGGGAAUGUGUGUCGAAGUUGUUCUGUUUGCAGCCACGGUGACAAGAGCUAUGGGGCUUAUCUUGCUAAGAAACACAAGGCUGAAACAGAUCAAGAACAACUAAAAGAUGAACAAUAAUUUUCAUGGUGUAAUCUUCAGCCCUAGAGAAUUAAAGUUGUCUGACCCAA